AUGACCAGCGACAGAGUGAGGGCUCCUUUACCAAGCAUCCCCGAUGAGGACAAUAAAGAAGAGAAAGUCUACGGAAAUGUUUUUGCAGAACUUGAAUCGGUGGACUUGCCACUGGGGACAACCUUAAGGUCCGUGUACGAUGACCAGCCCAACGCGCACAAGAGGUUCAUGGAGAAGCUCGACGCCCGGAUACGGAACCACGACAGAGAGAUCGAGAAGAUGUGCAACUUCCACCACCAGGGCUUCGUGGACGCCAUCACAGAGCUGCUGAAAGUCCGAGCGGACGCCGAGAAGCUGAUGGGCCAAGUUACCGAUACCAAUCGAAGACUGCAGGACGCCGGGAAAGAGGUGACAGCCCAAACGGAGGAGGUCAUCCGCUGCAGAAUCCAGCAGAGGAACAUGGCCACCACUGUGGAGAAACUGCAGCUGUGUAUCCCUGUUCUUGAAAUGUACAGCAAAUUGAAAGAGCAGCUGGACUCUAAAAGAUACUAUGCUGCCUUGAAAACAAUGGAGCAGCUUGAAAACACUUAUAUUCCCCGUGUGAGCCAGUACCGCUUCUGCCAGAUCAUGGCAGAGACUCUUCCCAAACUGCGGGAGGAGAUCAAGGAGAUCUCCAUGUCGGACCUGAAGGACUUCCUGGAGAGCAUCCGGAAGCACUCCGACAAGAUCGGCGAAACGGCCAUGAAACAGGCACAGCAGCACAGGACCUUUAACAGCGCCCUCCAGAGGCAGGCCGGCACGGGGUACGCCAAGCCCGUGUACACGCUCAACGGCCGCACGCCCGCCCACUACAACGGCAUGGCCUCGGAGGAGGGAGGCGAAGAAGAGGACGAAACGGACGAAGAGGUUUUAACAGCUCAAGACCUGGUUGAUUUCUCUCCUGUGUACCGAUGUCUUCACAUCUACACUGUUUUGGGUGACAGAGAAACCUUUGAAAACUACUACAGGAAGCAGCGGAAGAAACAGGCGAGGCUAGUGCUGCAGCCCCAGUCCAACAUGCACGAGACUGUGGAAGGAUACAGGAAGUACUUCAAUCAGAUUGUGGGGUUUUUCGUGGUAGAGGAUCACAUUUUGCACGCGACGCAGGGGCUGGUGACCAGGGCCUUCACCGACGAGCUGUGGAACAUGGCCCUGUCCAAGAUCAUCGCCGUGCUGCGCACACACUCGUCAUACUGCAAUGAUCCUGACCUGGUCUUAGAGCUGAAGAAUUUGAUUGUCAUAUUUGCGGACACUCUACAGGGCUACGGAUUCCCUGUGAACAGGCUCUUCGACCUUCUCUUUGAGAUAAGGGAUCAGUACAAUGAAACAUUGCUGAAGAAGUGGGCCCUAGUCUUCAGGGAGAUAUUCGAGCAGGACAACUACAGCCCCAUCCCCGUGGAAACCGAGGAAGAGUACAAGUCCGUCAUCAGCAGGUUCCCCUUCCACGAUGCAGAAAUCGAAAAGCAACCAUUUCCAAAGAAACUUCCAAUGUCACAGUCAGUGCCUCAAAUCUACAUUCAGGUGAAAGAGUUUAUUUAUGCCAGCCUUAAAUUCUCGGAGUCCCUUCAUCGCAGCUCAACUGAGAUCGACGACAUGUUGCGGAAGUCCACCAACCUGCUGCUGACGAGAACUCUGAGUGGCUGCUUGCAGAACCUGAUCAAAAAGCCCCAUAUAGGCCUGACAGAGCUAGUUCAGAUCAUUAUAAACACCACCCACCUGGAACAAGCAUGUAAAUACCUGGAAGAUUUCAUUACCAACAUCACAAAUGUUUCCCCGGAAACCAUUCACACCACAAGACUUUACGGGCUCUCCACAUUUAAGGACGCGCGGCACGCAGCCGAGGGGGAGAUCUACACCAAACUCAACCAGAAGAUUGACGAGUUCAUCCAGCUGGCCGACUACGAGUGGGGCAUGGCGGAGUCCGACGGGCGGGCCAGCGGCUACCUCAUGGACCUGAUCAACUUCCUCCGCAGCACCUUCCAGGUGUUCACCCACCUGCCGAAUAACAACAUUGAUCAUGCUGCGAUGUCGGGGAAAGUGGCCCAGACAGCCUGCAUGUCGGCCUGUAAGCACCUGUCCACCUCCCUGAUGCAGAUGCUGCUCGACAGCGAGCUGAAGCAAAUAAGCAUGGGCGCCAUCCAGCAGUUCAACCUGGACGUCAUACAGUGUGAAUUGUUUGCCAGCUCGGAGCCCGUGCCAGGAUUCCAGGGGGAUACUCUCCAGCUGGCGUUCAUUGACCUCCGACAACUCCUGGACUUGUUCAUGGUGUGGGACUGGUCCACCUACUUGGCGGACUACGGACAGCCCACCUCUAAGUACCUGCGGGUCAACCCCUCCACUGCACUGGCACUUCUGGAGAAAGUCUACAGGGGAAUGAAGGACACCAGUAAAAAGAACAACAUUUUCUCCCAGUUCAGAAAGAACGACCGUGACAAACAGAAGCUGAUGGAGACGGUGGUGAAGCAGCUGAGAAGCUUAGUGAACGGAAUGUCACAGCACUCUUAAACUCCCCACCCGUAAUGUCCGCACCUCCUAAUCUCCAGCAUUUCAACUUAGAGAGAUGAAGUUAACGUUUAAUUUAUACAAGACUGGAUAUAUCUUGUAAAUAAGAAAAAAUGAAGAACGGUUUACCGAAUACCGAAACCAAUAAGCAGUAAAAUGUUGUUUUUUUAAUGUAUUUUUAAUGGCUGAGAAAUAUGUUUUGUAAAUUGUGAAUGUGCAAUGAUUGUAUCACCACAUAAGAGGGUGCCCUGAAUCAGUGGGAAUGUAUCGCUAUGAAGACAGACUGGAUCAUGAAGUCCUUAAAAUGAGACUGAUGUUCAAAGAGCUCUUUGAAAUACUCCACAAUGCAACAUAGAAUGGAGUUUUUACUGUAAAUACUUUUGGGCGUAUUUAACAGUACAGUGUAUCACGCUUCUCGCUAAAACUGGUUUGAAACAAAGGUGACUUUUGAUUACUGAACAAAACCUUGCAUGAUUCUGUUGCAUAUUUUAAAGGAGAUAAGGGUUAGAAGGCCUGCGGUUAAUUUAUAUUACUACUUUUACGCAUACUUUUUCUCUUUACAAGGAAAAAUAUGUAUUUUAAGAAGUGGAAUUUGUGUUUGAAGUGAUUUACAGAACAAUUACUUGCAUCCAAAACACUACUCAGAUUUUUUUUUUCCUCAGGGUGAAAUGUCAGCUUUUUUGGUUAUGAUGCUUUAGAACUCCAUGCUAAGAUGUUAAAUAAAGAGCAAUAAUUGGUAAAUUUGAAGCCUCUUAUAAGCAGAAAUGCUUACAGGAUGAAGAGUUGGGAAAAACGUUUUAUAAUCAGAUUAUGGAUCUUGGUCUGUACUACUUUAAUAGGCGUUUUGCACUGAAAAAAAUAUUUAAGUUUGGCUUUUUUUUCUUCAAAUAGAAGAUGUAAUUGAGCAUUACAUUGUACAUAAAGCACAUUUUGUUUAAAAAACAAUGCAGUGCAAUAGAAAUCGUAACAUUUCUGUUGCUCCAAAUAAAGGAGGGGGUGCUUGUAAAUGUAUCUCCUCAAUCCUAAAAUGUAAUUUGCCUUUGUAAUUGUAUUUGAGUUUAUUGAAAGCAGUUCAUCUGCUGUGGGGAAAAAUGUUCCAGUAUUUUUUUUGACUUUCAUGAUUGAAGCGUAUAACAUUCCAGUGUGAAGUAGAGAACCUUUUCAAAUGUAAGAAUGCUCCUCAAGAUUUCAACUGGCAGUUGCGUCUUAACAUCACUUCUGCCAUGGCUCCUAUGUGACUGAGGCAUUUUCUUCAUUUCCCUUGUUUUUAAUCUGUGUACUACCAUGAAGUGAGUUCAGUAUAACACCCACUAUCUACUGUGAUGAUGCAAUGCCAUUGGGGUGGACUGAGCACUUGAAUGACACAGAAAAACAUCCAGUUAUGAACCUCGCGGUGUACAGACUUACAGAAGAGUGUAAAUGAUAUACUGUUGACUGCGCAUCUCAAAUUGUAUGCAUAUUGCUUUCUUUUUAAAAUUGGCCAUAAAUAUACACAUCAUGUUUGCUUUACCUGGAUGUGACAUUUUGUCAUUUAGAUGUAAGCAAAAUUCAGUGUAUAUAAUUGAAAUAAAUAUUGAUACUGCU